UUCAUACCCGAAUGAGAACAAAUUAAAGAACGACCUACCCACCACUGAAGGUCAUCUGGGAAAUCAUGGCCAAGCUUGUGAGAUUGGCCAACAGAAGCGUCGAAUUAACUAAACACUAUGGCAAUGUAGCAUGGAAAGACUACAUAAACAAAGUUGGAAAAUGUCAAGCCAAUGGGCAGACUAUGUCCAGGUUGCAGUUACUAGCCUAUUACCUUAAAGCUGAGUUAGGACCUCCAUCCCCAGGGGAAGCAAAGGCCAGCAUUGCUAAGUUUUUGGAUUAUCCCUGGUCAUUAAGUAGGGAGAAGGUUAUGGCUAUGACAACAAAAGAGGCAGUCUGCAAGUCUUUACUAAUAGUUGAUGUUGCGAUCUUUUUUGCCAUUGGUGAGGCUCUAGGCCGUGGUCAAUGGGCCGCCUACCCCAUCAAGGGCGCUUGUGGUCAAGAACAUGCUAAUAUGUUUACGGAGGAAGAUAUAAAGAGGAUGGAUGCAGAGAGAGCAAAGGCCAACAAAUAGUCGGACUUUUCUGGACAUUUAUAGACUUAGAACAGUGAUUGUGGUUUUGUUUUUUGAAACAAUGAAAUAAAAACAAUUCCUAUUAUUUAAA